CCAUGGGCAACAACACACGGCGCGCAAGCAGCGAAAAGCCAACCACAGCAACACACACAAACCCCCACAACAACGGCAGCAAGCUGGAAGGCUCCGGCAGUGUGCUGCGCAUUCGCUUGCCUGACAUGCCUCCCAGCACCAUGGCAACACCACCAGCGGACGCUAGCGACAAAGUGUCGAGCCGGUACCAGCGCCAGUUGCGUCGACACUCGCGCCGUGUGUCGUCUACACCAUCCCGCAAGGGAAACAAAGGCGCUGCAUCGAGGAGCCGUAGUCGAAGUCCCCUCUCCAAACACAAACGCCCAUCGACCAGACGAAAGACACGAGUUCGGGAUGAGAGCGAUGAUGAGUACAGACCGGAUGGUACAGAUGAUGAAGACGAGGUGCACGACGACGACGAAGACGGCAAUGCCGACGCGACGGACGACGAGGCUCGCACGCCAAGAACGCGAAGCAGAACAGGUCGACGUGGCAACCUGUCGCUCCGGCUCCGCCUGCCACCGGCACGAACACGUGCACACGCGCAAGACGACGAUGACAACGAUGAUGCCGACAGUGGCGAGGAUAACGACGAUGAUGAGGAUGGAGAAGGUGGUAGUGGUGGCGAUGGCGAUGAUGAUGGCAGUGAUGGUCGCGCGCCUCGCACUCGCCGCCAGUCAUCAUCGUCGACACCCCGCAGUGCACGCAAGAACAGCAGCAGCACCGGUGGUGGCAGCAGCAGGCGUGCCAGCAAAGGCACGAAGCCACGGUCAAAAGCAGCAGCAGCGGCAGCGUCGUCGUCGUCGUCGUCCAAACCCACGUCAAAGCACAACAAAGGUGGAGGUGAUUCCAAGGCCGACAGCAAGAAGCGCAAAGGCGGCACUUCGACAGAUGACACGAAUGAUGGCUCCACGCAGGUGUUCAGGUGA